AUGGGAAAAGAUGAUUGGAUUUUCACACUUCCUCUUGAAAAUGAAGUUCAAAGUGAAAAGGAUGACGAUGGAAAGUCGGAACAGAAUAAUAAAGGAGUGAUAGUUCAUAUUGAUCCUCCGGAAACUAACAAAUUACUUCAAGGUCAAAGCGACAUCAUUUGGGGAAAUCUUUGGGCAAUAUUUCAUUUUGGUUUUGAUAUUCAGCAGCAAAAGAUUAUUUUACAAGCUUUAUCGUUUUGUGAUGAUUGGAGACAAUUAAUGUUUUUCUUGGGAGUUUAUCAAGCGUUUGCGGUGAAAAAAGUCAGUGACGUGAGUAGUCAUAUUCCACCAACUGAUAAAAUUGCAAACCUAGUCUCGAUUGCCAUUAAAAAUUACAGAGUGCAGAAGGGGAUCAUGAAAUAUGUCACAUCUGCUAUUGCAAUGGUGUUUAGUUUUCUAUCGCCAAUGGUUUUUAAUCGUCUGAAGUCAUCUGAGAAUAACACUCGAGCCAAACUUGAAGUACAAAGUCAAAAACUUAUUGAAAAAACCAAAGACAAACUUUUGAAUGUUCAUUCAGGACAUUUCAUGCCAAUUAAAUGGGCACUGCAUGCAGUUUAUGAAGCCAAAUUGAAACAGGAAAUUGAUGAAAAGCUCGUGAACACUCUGAUAAACGAAAUUAAUCAUCUUCAUACUCAAUGUGAUCGUUUAAUUAAUUUUAAACAUGAAGGAUUUUCAUGGGGUUUGACAACUGGAGUUAAGAUUUCUUUAUACGCAUUUUUUGUUAUCGGAGCAAUAAGACAACUAUCAAACGGUCUCGAAGAGAAUCAUUCGAAAUAUAUUCUUGCAACAGCUCUUAUCAUAAAUUUUCUGGUAUUCUUAUUUUUUGUGAUCAUUCUGAGGUGUGCAGAACAAAUUGUGAAGCCGUACAAUGAUCAACAUGAUGUCUUUGAAUUGAACAGAAUUCUUGAUGAAAAAAUUCAUGUUGCGUCGUUUGUGCUUAAUAAAGAGAACGAUUUGAGAAUAAGAAUGAAGCAAGAAGACAACGCAUUAGGAAUGGCAGCAAAAUUAUUUGACUGAAAAGUUUCUAAAGAGAUUAUUAAGAUCUUUAUGUUUGUAAUGUACUUAGUUAUUAUAGAAUCAAUUAUACUCCAAUAUUUAUUUUAUAAACUUGUUAAAAUAAAAAAAAUUCAACAUUUUUCACCAUAAC